AUGAUUCCAGAGAAACAGAUCCUCACCAGGGCAUUUGUUGUCGAGGAACCGGGGGCACCGUUUGUUCUGCAAGAUGUUGUUUUGGACGAAGUCCGGGAUAAUGAGGUCCUGGUGGAAAUGAAGUACACAGGAUUGUGCCACACGGACAUAGCCGUCCAACAUGGCGCCAUCCCCGUGGGCGCCUACCCAGCGGUUCUAGGUCACGAAGGCGCUGGCAUCGUCCGCCGAAUCGGCAGGAACGUGAAAAACAAGUCCCUACGCGAGGGCGACAUGGUCUUCUUGAGCUUCAGUUCCUGCCAGGAAGCGAACUGCUCUCCCUGCCAAGAGGGUCGAUGCGGAUUCUGUCCGCGAAUAACAGAUAUCAACUUCGGCGGAGCGCGCGGUAUGGAUCCUGCAGAGUCGCCUAUUUCUUUUCCGGACAAGCAGCGCCCGCCCAUUCGGGGACAGUUCUUUGGGCAGUCUUCCCUGAGUAAAUUGGCAGUAGUUAAGGAGACCUCUGUCGUCAAGUGUCCAUCCGGUGCCGGGUCUGGUGCCUCUGCGCUCACUGUUGAUGAUAUGGCAUUCCUUGCGCCGCUAGGUUGUGGGUAUCUCACUGGUGCAGGCACGGUAUUCAAUGUUCUGAAACCGAAGACCACGAGCCGAUUUGCCAUUCUCGGAAUGGGUGCUGUGGGACUAGCAGCUAUGUUCGCAGCUCGAGUGUUGGGCGUUGAGAAUGUUAUCGCAGUUGAUAUCGUCGACGCGAAGCUUGAGCUAGCUGCGUCUCUAGGUGCAUCGCACACUCUAAACACAAAAACUGUCCUAGACCUCGUUCAGGGACUUCGAGGUAUGUUCCCGGACGGUGUCGAUCAUAUCCUCGACACAACGGGCGUGGUGCCUCUGCAGGAGGCCUCGGUCAAGGCCCUGGGUCAUGAAGGAACUCUGGCUAUUGUUGGUGUCGCUCCUAAAGAUGCCGAGCUCAAGAUCAGUCCGUUGGAGUUUAUGAUGGACUGUAAACGGGUCCUGGGUGUUAUUGAGGGGUGUUCGAAUCCUGCUACGCUCAUUCCCAAACUGGUCGAUCUUUAUCAACAAGGGAAGUUUCCUGUUGAUAAGCUAUCUAAGGUGUAUGACACGGAUUCAAUCGAACAGGCAUUGCAGGACCUACAUUCGGGAAAGGUCAUCAAGCCUGUAAUUAAGUGGGCAGAUCUAUAG